AUGUCGUUCCAAUUUGCAGUCGUCCCAAAACGACACAUUGAUGUGCUUCUGGCCUACAACGAUGAGGAGUUCGGGAAUUUUAUGAAGGUCUGUCGCCAACCAGGUGGUAGGUUUGACAUCGAGUUAGAAGGCUGGGACACGCUUGACGGGGAUUCGCGCGAGCGACUUUUGGAGCGGUUAAAACCGUUUAGACUCGGGAGAGAUUCUAGCACAGAGCGGGAGCGGGCAUCGUGGCCGGUCGAUUUUGACGCCGUCACCACACGGCUUCUCGACAUAUCCAACAACAACCAAGAGGCGCUCGUGCCGGCAGCUCUCGAAGACCUGCAUUCCAGGAUAGUUUCCAGCCCCGAUACAGGCAACUUCGCUACUCCGUUAGAGGACGAGAUUGGAACAAUAAGGAGGUCGGAGGCCGAAGCUUACAACGCGUUGCUCAACGAGGGCGGACGACCUCUUUACCCUUUGGAUCUCCUGGAGGAUGUCCUGCACAACACUGAGACCCACCGCGAAACCUUGUUGUCAUGGCAAAAGAACCCAGAACCCGAGACCAUCGACACCGAGGUGUUCCACAAGCAAUUAUGGAGAUGGAGGGCCUUCUGGCACUGGCAAAAGGAAAACAGAGGGAUCGAUGGCCUGGAAGAUGAGCUUUCCUUGUUCACUGCGGAGGGCAAUCGGAGGGAGGCUCGGAAGCCCGAGCGAGUGACUGAGGAGGAACAGUUUGCGGCGUUUGUGAACGGGAUACAUCAAGAAAAUCUGGAGCAUGGACGACGGUGGCCGGGAAUGACCGAUGACGAACGCCGAGAAUCCUACCGCUCUUCUGUCGACAGUACACGAAGUGAGCGACAAUAUCGGUUUCGCCGACUCCGAAAUGGCCGUAGCUGUCGGGAGUUUGCGGAGUAUGUUUCCGCGGUUCAGCGCUGUCUUGCGAAACAUCAUUUUACACGGCCUUUUCAACUCAACAACGAUGUCGAAAAGCGGGAUCCGUUGACAACGUGUAUUGAGUAUCUCGCCUGCGAGUGCUUGUGGUACGACCUCUACGAGUCCCUUCUCCAACGAUCGCAGAGCAUAUACGAUAAAGAGUGGGCAGAACUUGCCAACUCAGGGAUCUUGCGCCGGCGAGAGACAAGUGAAUUUCUGCACAGUGGACUAUUCAUGGUCCGACAUCAAACGAAGGGUGAUAACGCCCGAAAAGCGGUGAAAUCCGCCCAAGAGGCGGGAUUGGCAGCUGUGUUCGAACUAAACAUAACAGUAACUGCGCAUUCAAAAGCUACUAAAGAGGAGCACAGGCCGCGAUUAGCGAACGCCUACUACGGACUGAUGACUGCAGACGCCAGGCUGGAAGAGUUCAAGAAGAGAGAUGACCGUAUAUCCAGGUUUAUCGCGGCAACAAAGACGUAUCCCCGUAAGCAACAGGAUUUUGGUGGUCAAAAGCUACUCUCGGAAUGGGUUCUCGGCCAAAUCCCGCUCGUUGAGGCGGAGAUGGCCGCGUUGGGACAGUACCAAGUCCAGACAAAUGCCGAGAGUUCAGAUUUGGGGCCGAGGAGAAGCCUCAGGAGAUCACAGCAAGAUAUGCAUCUAAUGGAUGACAACAGCUCUCCGAAGCGGAAAAGAGAGUCCUCUAACCCGCCCACAGCCCUGGCCACGGCCUCCACGUCAGCUAGGAAGAGUCUAAACCGUGGCACGAUCAACGACUUAGACGAUGUACCGCCUGCGAAGCGGCUUCGGACCGGCCGCCAACAGUCUGUUCCCAGCAGUUCGCCCAUUUUGACGAAUUCGACCCUCAGGAAUGGAUAUGUGCAUUCACCAGAGACAUCGCACCCCAGAGGCUUUGCGGGGAAUGGCGACAUGGUGGAAGACUGA